CAUAUUUAAUGAAAAACUUAGUUAUAUAAUUGACUAUGAAAUACAAAUAAAAGUUUAAUACACAAUUGUAAAGAUGAAAAUAUUGUAUUUAUUUGAGUUUAUUGUUUUAAUUUCAGGAAUUAAGGCCUACCGUCCAAUUCCUGUCAAUUAUGUUAUGCCUGAAACUAAAACUAUAUAUAUAAAUCAUUUUAAUAUACCGUCGAGAGAGCCGCAGACCAAUUCUGAAAUGCAAUCCAUGACUAAUGAUAUGCAAAAUAGUAACAAACAAGAAGACAAUAAUAACAACAACGCCGAAGUCAAAGACGUUGUCAUCAAUGAAAGUGAAGAACAAUACCAAACAACACAAACACCCAAUGAGUUGCCAAAAGUAUAUCAAAGAGUAUACAAAUUACCGGCAAUGACCAGAAUGAUUGCCGACACCAUUGUUAACGAAGACGAUAAUCAAAGUAAACACUAUAUUCAGACUAAGAAAUCUCCUCAAUGGAGAAGUCCUACACCUUUCAAUCACGACAACUGUCCUCACAAUAUGCAUAAAAACAAGAAAUUAAGAUCAAAUAAAAGAAGAGUUCAAAAACAUUUCAAACAAAUGCCAACAACAAUGACAACAACAAUGACAACAACAAAAGCACCGGUCAUUCAAACAGAUGAACUUCGGUCUGAAUCACCCCUAUUAUUGACAUUACUAUCUGAUAUUGAAUCGCCUCCAGAAUCGGAAACACCUAACAAACAACUGAUAGAUUUCCUCAAUAAAGUUCAACCGAUUGAUAUUAUGUCAAUCAUUCGUAAAACACAAUCAAAAGUUGCAACUUUUCCUCUCUUUCCUAAUCAGAAACCAAAUAUUUGGAAAAUGCCAUUAUUUAUGUCUAUUUUAGACAAAUUGCUUAUCAGAGAACCCGAAAGUCCAUACUUUCAACAAUCAAAUCCAUUUCCAAAUAUUUUGGAUAAAUCUGAACAAAAUAUGUAUGAAAAACGCAAUUUUCUGGACAAUGAAAAUAUAAUUGAAAAAACAGAUAAGAAAUACAAUUUUAACUUUAAUUUCAAUGUAACCGUUAAUAAUAAUUACCAGAAUUCUGACACCAUUUCAAGCAAACUAUUGCCACAACUUUCUCGAUCUUUGUUAUCAUUUUAAUAAUUUUGUAAACAAUUUCAGUAUAUUUUGUAUCAAAUUAAUAAAAUGAUAUACA